AUGGUUCAGCUGUGGUGCGUUGCUGUUGUUUGGCGAUGCUAUGGAUUCUUGGGAGACAAAAAGGUAGCACGACAGAUUGGCGAGCAACUUUCCACGACGCAUGUGGCAUUCCACUAUGGUGACAUUCCGUACGGAUAUGUUCCGAUGCCGCAGCCUCCACCAUAUGCGGACACUGUCCUCACCGACAAGCAACCCCUCACCAUCUGA